CAAUAAAUAAAAUGCAUGAUUUUUCUAGAAAAUACCUGUCCUGUAUCCCUAAAAACGAAAUAUUUCGGCUACGAAAUAUUUCGUCGAUGGUCUAACAAUAAACCAUCAAAAGGAAGAUUACUCAUUGAGUCUUUCACAUUACAGGUGGUCCGUUGCCAGGCUGAGGGAUGCCACGCGUCACUAGGCAACGACAAUGGCCACGUAGUAUGUCGUUCGCACUCCAAUUGUGCGGUAGCCUUGGAUGACUACGUGGCCUGGCACCCGGACGCUUGUAUCGUCUGUUACGAGCUUGUUUUGUUGUUGACUGAUGAACAGAUCCUGAAUAAAAGAUGUGUAGAAGCAGCUAUAAAAACAGCUUUAGCCCUCCAGGCACAAGUCAUCAAAGUCUCCCAUUUUGAUAGAAAACAUUAUUUCUAUCCAGAUCUUCCUGAUUCGUCUCUUGGAAUUAUACUGAGUAAUAUAUUUCAGGCUGGAUACCAGAUUACUCAGAAAGACAGUCCAGUUGCAAAGGAUGGUUGUAUAAGCUUUAAUGUUCCUGUCCAAGAAUGUUCCAUGAAAUUUUACUCUCAUGCUGUAAGAUUAACUCAACUUCAGCUUGAAGAAGACAGUGGGAAAAGUAUUCAUGAUGCCAAGUCUAAUAGGGUGUUAGUAGAUCUCAAUCGAGCUGGUUUGCCUUUAAUGGAGCUAGUAUUUGCUCCUGAUUUACGAGAUGGUGAGGAAGCAGCAGCACUUAUUAAAGAACUUUCCCUCAUCUUAACAAGAGUUGGUACCUGCAGUUGUCGAAUGGAAGAGGGAGCACUAAGAAUAGAUGCCAACAUUUCUGUUCAUAAGCAAGGAGAACCUUUGGGUGAACGCACUGAAGUGAAGAAUUUGAAUUCAAUACGUUCUCUGGUAAAAGCAAUCAACUACGAAAUUCAAAGGCAGAUAGACAUUCUUGAAGCUGGUGGAACUGUCCUCAAUGAGACACUGCGGUUUGAUGCCAUCAACAAUACGACCAUCAAAAUGAGAGAUAAGGACACAAUCCAUGAUUACCGCUUUAUGCCUGAACCAAAUUUGCCACCAUUACGAUUACAUGAUUCUUUGGAUGCCAGCUGUAUCCCUAACAGUUCUCUUGAUAUAAAUGACAUUAGAAUGAAGAUGAACGAAUUACCAGAAGAAACAAGGCAAAGGCUUAUUAGUAACUACGGCAUAUCACUGGAAGAUGCAAUUAUUUUGGUUAAUGAUGAUGCUCUUGUAGAGUAUUUCUUGGACGUGAUGUCAGCGACAAACAGCCACAAUGGACAACUGGUAUCCAACCUUCUGUUGAAUAAUUUAUUAGGGACACUGAAUUCCCUUGAUGUGGACAUAAAAGACAGCAUUUUAUCACCAUCAGCUUUCGCUGAGAUUGUGCAUUUAUUGGAAAGUGGGCAGAUACUUCAUGCUGUUGCUCUUAAGAUUAUGGAAUUGAUUUGCUUUUCUGGAGAUAAAAGAACCCCAUCAAAGAUUGUUGAAAUGAGCAAUUGGACAAAGUUACCAGAUGACCUGCUAGAGGAUUAUGUUUUAGAAGUUAUAUCCAGCAACAAAAAACUGGUUGGAAAAUAUCGUCGAGGCAACAGCAAAGUAUUUAAUACACUGAUGGGCAAAGCUGUGGCUGCCACAGAAAGAAGAGCAGAUAUGCAGAAACUCCAAGACCUUCUUAAAAGAAAACUGGAUGAAUAAUGUAUAUCAGUUUUAUAUUAUUGUGCAUACUUAGUACAAUAUUUUAUAUAGUAAUUCCUAUACGUACUGUACAGAACUUAUAUCUUGUUACCAGACUAGAAGGUAAUCUGUGAAAUUGUGUUAGUUUUGUAAAUUGCUAGCAUGCUGCAGGUUAUAUUUAAUUAUAUGUACUGCAGUGUUAUUUUAGUGAAGCACAUAGUGGCUCUUUUUAAAAAAAAAAUACACUUGAUAAAAUAUCAAGUGUUUUGAAUCUUACAAAAAAAAGGUUUUUUUUUUAUAAAUUGUUGAAUGUUUGAAAAUAUAUGUAGCUUGAAGAGAAUGGGCAUGGUUGGGAUUAUAUCUAAUGUAAUUUUUGUGACACAUAAAUCAUUGGGUUAGGUUCCUAAUGAAAAUAUUCAAAAAUUAGAUUGUACCAGUCAUUUUAUCACAGAUCUAAAGUGAAAGCCUAGAUUGUAUAAUAGGAGAGCCUUUCCAAAGUUUACAUUACACUUCAGAACUGAGAUUGACUGCCUCUGCCUAAUCCGUGAUUGUUCUGAUGAUGCAGUGUCUUGUAUUUUGUAAUCUCUAGAUGUUCCAAGCAUUAGCUUUAUGUAAAAUGUAACUCUGAGAGUAUGACAAUAAGUGGAUAAUCCUGGCAAGGGAAGCUGAAAUCCUCCCCAGCCCCCUUUUUUUUUCUAGCGAGAUGGCAAGGGGACAACUGUUUGGGAACUUGGUGGGCCUCUUUUGACUCAAGGUAAUUUAGCCUGAACAUGGGAACCAGUUUUAUUAUGUACAAUAUUACUGUAAGUAUUGUAGAACUGCAGAAUAAAAUCCCUAUAAUAUGACUUA